GAAUACAUAGAUCAUUUUUACUUUGCCCUCACUUUACAUACAUAUUUAUAAAAAUGGAUUUGGAUCAUAACCGUGAAAAUUCAAAACAGCCACAUAUUGCCAUUUUGUUGCCAGAGAUUUUAGAACACAUUGUAACCUUCCUGCCGAAAUCGGACCUUCUCGAGUGCACAUUCGUCAACACCACGUGGGAGCAGGAAGCCCGGAAAUAUCUCCCUGGUGUCUAUCGGGUCCUCCUCAUCCCACCACACGUCUCUGAUAACGGAUAUCAAAAAACAAUUACGCUCAAAAAUGCUUCCACUGAAAGGGAAGGUUUUGCAGAUUUCAUUGCCAAAAAUGGACCCCACGUGAGAACCCUGGAGGCGAUUAUUUACCACCAAAAUCCCGCGUGGAACAAAUAUUUAUCAAAAUUAUUUCCCAACCUGUAUUCUCUUAAACUUAAUGUAUCCUUUAUUGAAAAUAAUGCAUUGCAUGAAAUAUUGCUUUCCGAAAGUAAGGAAGCUCGAAAUCUCGUCGAUCCACUGGCAGUCAAAAUCACCAGAAUUUAAAGACAUGGUUGUCUCAAUCGUCCCAAAAUUAGUGGCCCUAUUUCCCAAUGUUGUUUCCCUUUCGAACCGGCGUUGUGAUCAAAUCGUGGUUGAAACCUUCCUCAAGUUCUCCCCGCAAAGGGUAAAAUCUUUGAAAUUCGUCAGCCUAGAAUUUACGCGCGUCAUGCAGGAAAACGUUUCAUGCCUCACCCGGCUAGAAAUAGAUUACUAUUUGGGUACCUGGCAGACUUACUCGGAACUCUUGAAACUUGCAUCGGCAACUUUACAACACGUGAAAUUCUUCAAUGUGGCUAAUUGGGAUUAUUCCUACGCCCGAACUUGGUUACCUCAUAAAGCCAUAGUUUUUCCAAUUAUGUCAAAACUAAGAGUUUUCGAACUUUCAUUAAGUCCGUACACGAAGGGGAGCGAAAUUAAACCUCUCCUCGUGACACUGGACAUAUUCCUGAAAUUUGAAAAGGGUGAUGCAAUUGGGAGGUUGGAUUACCAAGCUCAGUUCCCGUUCCUGGAAAAGAUCAAGAUUUCCAGGGAAACAACGUUUUAUCAUUUUAGAGAAGAAGUGACCGAGAAGAGAUUAACCGAGUGGGAAUAUUUUGAGACGAGUGUGUCAUUUAUGUACCGGUAUUUCCUCCACGAUAGCAACUCACAGGGUAUUAGGGUGAAAUAUUUGGACAUCCCGUUUCCUCCUGGGGACAGUUUUCGGUUGACACCUGCUACGAAAUGCAACUGCGGGAAGGCACGUGUUUUGUGUGAAUGUGUUGAGAUGAAGAGUUCCUCCGAAUUUUGGGACCGAGUGGUGGAAAUUUUCCCGAAUUUGGAGAGAUACGAGGUCAUUAGGGAAGCGUGGGAGCGGGCAAAGGUGCGGCGAGUGACUGCGGCCAAAGUGGAGGCGAUAGGAUUAUGCGAGUAAAAUCGUAUUCGUGUUGAUGUUGGUGGUUUACAAAAUGUAAAAUGUUUGGGUUUUCUCUGCUUUCUUUCGUUUUGUUUUUCGUUGUACAGCUACAUAAUCGUGUACAGAGUUUCACACAAGGUUGUAACUUGUUUCGAUUUUGUUUAUCUAAUUUAUUUUCCCCAAUUUUCGGAGUCUUAUCCAUCCGCCUACAUACAUGCAUACACACGUGGCCAAAUAUUAUACUCAAUACUUUAUUAACUACCCACAUAUGUGCAUAUAGGUAAUCAAGCUCAAUUAUCUUGAUAGACUUGUUUAUCUGGUCACCACAUUGGAUUCGUGCAGCAUGAAGAGCUAAUUAACACCACAUAAUCCUUAGACGAAAUAAAACAAAUAUUGUUUUGCUGAGGCGUAUCUAUGCUAAAAUCUUGUACUGUGCACGAGCUUCAUUAUAUUUUAUAACCAGUGGCAAACAAACCGCUGAAAUUAUCGCAAUCGAAGCGAGUCUGGUUUUAUCCCUACGACAAAAUGGUUUACUCGGAAUUUCUCCCCAUGCUCAAAAGGAAUCUUGAAUUUUGCCAACUUUUGAAAUGCGUUCCAUUCGUGUUUGACUCAAAAAUCGAUCGAUUAGUUAAAGCCAAGCGUGUCGGACAUGUUGUCAUGUUUCGGUUGCAAUGUUUCCUCUCAGUUCUGUACAUAAGCGCGCUAUUCUUGAACCUCUGCUUCGGUCGGCUCACAACAACGGAAAAAUUUCAAGGUUUAACGUUUUUUAUGGUUUACUUUGCCGCGACGUGGAUAAAAUUUAAUUAUUCUUUGGACAUGGCGGCGAUUGAAGUAAUUCAUGCAUUCUUGGAUUUUGAGGAGUGUAUCGUUCGUGGUAAGAUUUUUAUGGUAUGCAUGAUGUGGAUAUACUUAAUGUGAAUGUGGAUUAAUUUUGCCAAGAAACAGAUUCACCAAAAUUUCCACUUUCUUUCGGCGCCAAAAUUAUGAAGCUAUUCAUUCAACUUGCGGAAGUUUCUGGGUUCUCGUUUGUAAUCCUUCAGCUGAUAUUGUUGCAAUGCGUCCCUUGCACGUCGCCCUUUAUCUUCUCAAUGUUUCCCAACUGUGAAGAAAUGGCGGACAAAACAUGCUGGUUGUUGAAAUUGGCUGUGCACAUUUUCGAAACUUGGAUGUGUCUCCAGAUGUUUUUCGGUUGCAAAGUGUACAUAUUUUAUCUUCUCUGCGCAGGCAUAAUCUGCAUUUCGUUAUAUUUACGGAUUAUUGAAAAGUAAGCAUGCAUUUCCAAUCGAAAUACAAAAUAAAUACAUUGAAUAAAUACAAUUCCACGUGAAAAUCCUCAAAUUUUUGUUAAUAAGUUCAUAAAUGCAGCAAAAUUAAAUUAAAUUUAUAUGAAUGUACACAUAGUUCUGUAUUAAAACAA